AUGUCCGAGUCCAAGAAGAUCACCAUGGAGCAGCUCAAGGAGCACAACACCCACGAGGACCUCUGGCUCCUCAUCGACGGCAAGGGUACGUUGCCCCGGAACCAUCUCCAGCACCGCCAGCACCGCGAUCUUCGAGCACGUAUAACAAAAGCGUCUACCGAGAGAUGGCACUCGGAUGCGCUUCGAGAUCGAGACCUCGACCGACUGCUUGGCUGGAUCAAGUUCCUCGAUGAGCACCCCGGUGGUGACGAGGUUCUCGUUACCGAGGCCGGCAAGGACGCCACCGAGGCGUUCGAGGAUGUCGGCCACUCGGAGGAUGCCCGUGCGCUCCUCGGCCCCAUGCUCGUCGGCGAGCUGGAAGGCGGCACCCAGAAGAUCAAGACCACCAGCGGUGCCGUGACCAACGAAAACAACACCAACCUCAACAGCCACCCUCUCUUCAUGUUCAUCCCCCUCAUGCUGCUGGGUGCCUACCUUGCAUACAACCUGGAUCCGCCCGCUGUGCAGAACAGACAAGUCGCGCUUGGGCCCAACGUCCAAGAAGUGGAGUUUUCUUCCCCGCCCGAACGCGCUCGGGCAUUCUUUCCGGCCAACUCAACGACCACCGUCAGCACCACGACCACAACCACGGAUGCCUUUUCGACGAUCGGGACUGUCGCGAGUGCCAAUGGAGGUGCUGAAGGCAAUAAGCCGGCACCAGCCGCGAACUCGAGCUCGAACGCCAUGACUGGAGCCAGUCCGUCUCGAAGUCGCGCCAACGCAACUGCGUUUUUGACGUCGCCUUCGAAGCGCGCGACCAGCGAUCAUGGACGACACGAUCCCAAACGGCACAGAUCGACCGCACAAUCCAGUCAAGAUCCAGCUUCAUUGCCCGAAUAUGCGCGUCGUGUGAUCAUCGCGCUGGAUCUGGAUGCGUUCUACGUGUCUGCAUGUCGCAAGCGCGAUCCUUCGCUCAUAGGCAUCCCGAUCGGGAUCCAGCAAAAGGCGCUCGUUGCGACCAUCAGCUACGAGGCACGUGCAGCCGGCGUGGACAAACUCGAUAGCAUCAAGGAGGCGCUCAAAAAGUGCCCCGACAUGGUGCUUGUCAACGGCGAAGACCUCACGUACUUCCGCCAGGUAUCGUCGCAAGUGUGGCGCCUGGUGCGCUCGGUGGUUUGGCACAAGAGGGUCGAGAAGCUCGGGAUGGACGAGCUGUUCUGCGACGUCACAGAGAUGGUUGACCAUCAUCUGGCUACAGCUGCCAAAGGACGGCGGUACUUCGACCUCCACCUCCCCGAUGCGCCCGACAAGGACGAGCGGUACGGAUUCGAGUACGAGGCUUGGCCGAACGAAGGUCCUGGACACGUCUUUCCGCAAGCUGCAUCGGAUCAUUUGAACGAGAACCGGCCCGACUGGUGGCAGGAACGCAUGCUGGUUGCAGCUCAUCUGGCCUUCUAUUUGCGCCAGAGGAUCUCGGAUGAGGUCGGACUCACAUGCUCCGCAGGGAUAGCACCGGCCAAGUCGCUCGCCAAGCUGGUUGGAGCACUCAACAAGCCGAACCAGCAGACGACCUUUGCACCGCCCAUAGCGAGCUCUUCUGCUGGACGUUUCAUUGAUGCAAAGAUGCAGGAGGCACGGCUGUUGCACCACAUCACCGAAUUUCUCGACCCGCUGGACCUGCGCAAGCUGCCGGGCUACGGACGAGUUGUGGUGGAAAAGAUCCGAGACCACGUGCAUCCGGAAGCGACAACCACAGCAGCGCAACGCGGCCCCAAGGUGCGGUCGAACUUCAUGGAGCCCGCCAACGUGUCGGAUGAAGAGACAGAAGGAGCGGGCGAAGCCGCUCCCAGCACGCCAGGGUUGACGGUGGGGACGACGCGCAAGAUGCUGUCGCUGCAAGAGAUGGUCGACCUGUUCGGCGACGUCACUGGUCCAAGGCUGUGGGCGCUGGUAUGCGGACGAGACGCCGAGCCCGUAGUACCAGCUCCAGACUUUCCGGUGCAGAUCUCGAUCGAAGACACGUAUCCCUACCCGAGCCUUCGGGGCGCGGCGAUUCAUUCCGAGAUCUACCGCCUGUCGCUGUCUCUGCUACGCCGGCUGGAGCUGGAGCUGGUCUUGUCGGAGCGUAACUCAUCUGACAGCGGGAGUGCUAGCCAGCCAGUAGACGUGCCAACAGACUCGGGCGUUGUGCGCGACUACAAGGAUGCCAUACCCGCGACUGCUAGCAAGCCUGUCAAGGGCAAGGCAGCGAGUUGGGUGCGCUACCCGCUCAAGCUUCGGCUGAGCGUGCGCCAGGGAUGGAACAACCGGGUCUCGAAGCAGGCGCCGAUGCCGGUGGAGGUCUUUGAGCUGGAGCAGCCGAGGGAGGUGCGUGCCGGAGCGAUGGCCAAGGCAUGCAAGACGUUGCUGCGUGCGCUCAUUGGUGGCGACGACGUGGUGGGCGAUGCCAUGAACCUGAUCAACAUUGCGGCGCUGGAGCUGAGCGAGAAAAGGCCGCAGAGGGCGUUGGUCAGCUUCUUUGCAUCAGCAUCAGCCGGGACAGAGCGCAGUAUUGGCGCAAGCUUUCGAAAGAUGCCAGAGGCAGAGGCAAAGACUGGCGAGAUUGACGCAGCGGUACUGGCAAGUCUGCCUGCAGAGUUGCGGGAGGAGAUCAUGGCCGAAUAUAGUCUCGGUGCGUCGCUCGAACGAGACACAGGGCUGCGAAGGGCGGACAGACCUUGGAUGGUGGCACCUGUCCAAGGAGACGACGUGGAUGAUGGGACAGCUUCGCUGAGAUGCGCCACGUGCGGAGAAGCGAUGGAGGUCUGGAUGCAGCACGACCACGAGCUGUAUCCGCUGCUCGGACUCCCCGUCGAAAGCUCAUCUGCGCACCUCGCCGCACGGUCACGACCAUCAUCCUCGCCACCAUCGACGCUGAUCUCAUCUCAAAGUGUGGACGACGGUGGGCAAGAUGCUGUCGUUGGAUCUCCUGAUGACGACUCGGAGCAGGACGAAGAGCUGGAGCAGUGCAAGCUGUGCGGGGAGGCGCUGCGCCCAUGGAUGCUCACUGCGCACAGCCGCUUGGAAGCAGCGGAUGCGCUCAGCGGUGUCGCAACCGCUUUGAAAAAGCUGAGCGAAGCUGAACGCAGCGCACCGCAAAUCUCGGCCUCAUUUCACCUUUUCCAGACCUUUUUUCGUCUGAUUUUCGCCGACCGAGUCUGCAGCGAGGCGGUGAGGCGGCGGGGCUGCCUGACUGCCGAUGAUGAGCGCGGGCAGGCUCUCAACGCUUUCGGCUCAAACGCCGGCCGCAUCCCAGCAGCAGCGACUUGGACCCGCGUCGACACCCGCACACUGCUCUACCGACGCUCCGGUCAGCCCACCGAUUCCCACUAA